AUGCCUCCGAAGAAGAUCAUCAGAGCUAAUCCUCCCGCGAUCGACCUCUCAGCGAUCCCGCCCUCCCUCCCUCCCUCCGUCGAGGAGGCGUACCGGAGGAAAUGCAUCCAGCUCAAGCAGCGCACCCUCGAGGUCGAGGAGGAGAACGACGCGACCCGCGUGCGCCUCGCCCGCAUCCGACGACAGAUUGAGAAGCAGCGCAUCGAGCGCGCCUUCCUCCUCGAGCAGCUGUCCAAACGCACCAGCGCCAACGUGGAAGACUCAGACGGCAGCCCGAGCCCGCCACCGACUCCGCAAGAGAAGCCUCUGCGUACGAAGCGCGGCCACCGCAAGCCCUCCGUCCUCGCCGAGAUCGACUCCGCCGCCGCCAAGAACAACUCCCCCAACCCCAACAGCCAGAACGCCGCCACCGUCUCCCCGAGCUCCGAGACCUUCUCGCAUACCCAGAACGCAGGCGACUCCCAGGCCUCCGCCUCGGCCCGCACCAACGGCGUCGCGAAGCCCCCCAAGCGCCCCGGCAACGCCUUCGAAAUGUACUGCGCCGACAGCCGGCCCGCCCUCGAGGAGAAGAAGGUCGACGACGCCGACGUCAACAUCGACGAGGAGCUGGCCCGCGGCUGGAAGGACCUGCCCGAGGCCGACAAGGACGAGUUCCAGAACCGCUCCGAGCAGGAGAUGGCCAAGUACCAGAAGGAGAAGGACGCCUACGCCGCCAAGAGCAAGAGCGCCGAGCCCAAGGACGACCGCGACAAGACCCCGCAACCCGCGCCGUCCCAGGACGAGGACGUCGAGAUGACCAACUACGACACCGAGGAACAGGAACAACCAGAGGAUACACCUGCGGCGGACGACAGGGACGACAAGGACGAUAAGGCCGACGACUAG